AUGGCCACUUACAUGACUUUGUCGAUUCUUCUCAUGGCACUGAUAGUCUCGUCAUCGGCCAUUGCUACGGAUAUUCCUUCAAGAAGCCAAGACCUUGUUAUUGCUAUCGAAGAGAUGCAGAAAGCCAACUACUUCACCUUUUGCAUGCUACUCAACAUGGCUCCCGCAGAUUUGAUUUCCGGGAAUGUCACUUUCUUGAUGCCCAACGACAGGACGCUAGCCAAAACCAUGAUUGCACAGAAUGCUGUCUCGGAUUUCUUACUCCGUCAGUCAAUCCCAUCGCCUUUGCUCUUCGACAACAUACGAUAUAUGCCUACAGGCUCCAUCAUUCCAACGUUGAAGCCGGGUUUUUUCCUUAAUGUUUCGAACAGUGGAAGGAAGAGUUUUUAUCUCAACAAUGUCCGGAUCAACAGCCCCAAUUUAUGUACGGAAGGGUCUUCCAUUAGAUGUCAUGGCAUAGAUGGGGUGUUGCAAGCACACACAGUGACACCAGAGCAUAACAGUACACUUCCUUCGCCUACUUGCAGUAAUAGCAGCUCUAAUUGUUCCGGUCCUAAUGCAACUGCUUCGCCGCCUUCUCCUUGGUGGCCAUCACAGCCACCUCCAUUUGCUGGCAUUAGUCUCAGUCCAACCGCGCUGCCUCCUACUAAUGCAAGUGACAGUUCCAAAAAUUCGGGUCCUUCUCAACGGUUGUCCUAUGGAGGAUCAUUGACAUUCUUUACAAUUUGUCUUUUGACACAAGUCUUGAUAUAG